AUCCCAAUCGCCAUGUUUACUACUCCUCAGAUUCGUUGUGGUCCGAUGCACGCUUCCAGCAGAAAUCAUUUACCGGCCAAAUGCUUUACCCCUUGCUGCGCUUCACGCUUCGCUAAUGGAACCUGCUCUCAAUACAUCAAGCGAAGCGAGUUUCUCUCACCCUGUUUGAUCAGAACCAGCACGGCGGGACUUAGAAUGCUCGGGGUGAAAGCAGCAAAGACAUGUUCGCUGUCAUCGAGGCGUCUCAAGGAUGAGUGUUUUCGCCAGCGUGAGGCGAGACAGACGCCGUCAGGAGCCAUAUGCCGGGCAUCAUUGGCCUCGUCGGAGUCUGGUCAACACCAGACCCUCACCUCGGCGCCCCUCAUCUCCUCCUUCAACGACAACGUCCGUCCAAUGCUUGAUGCGAUUGACAAGCUCCGGAUCUUGGGACUCAAGGAAGAGGGGAUCGAGCUUCCAACUAUCGUUGUCGUCGGUGAUCAAUCCAGUGGCAAGUCGUCUGGCCUCGAGAACCUGUCCGGAAUUAGCCUGCCAAGAGGAAAUGUUAUUGUUACCCGAGUGCCGCUGAUCCUGAGGCUUCAGUCAUGCACGAACGAAGACGACAUGAUCACGAUCAGUAUAACAAUCCUGCUUCUGGAAAGGUCUUCAGAGAGCUACCGGAUGAAGAGUCCAUUCAAGAGUAGAUAUCCAAGGCGACUGUGGCCCUAGCUGGAAGCUGGAAAGGCGUCAUGGAUCGUCCAAUCACUCUGCAGGUGAAGCGAUCUGGCUUGCCUGACUUGACGCUGGUGGAUCUGCCUGGAAUCACGCGAGUCCCUGUUGAAGAUCAGCCAAAGGACAUCUACAAUCAAGUCAAGGCCAUGAUCAUGCACUACAUCACUCCAGAAGAAAGCGUCAUUCUCAACGUUCUUGCAGCUGAGGUGGAUUUUUCCACGUGUGAGUCCAUUGUCAUGUCUCAAGAAGUUGACAACGAUGGAGAUCGCACCUUGGCUGUCGUCACCAAGGUCGACAGGGCUCCUGAUGGCCUCUACGAGAAGAUCCAGGGCAACUCAGUGCGAAUCGGACUUGGCUACGUGUGCGUCAGGAACAGGACUGAUGCUGAUGCAUCUCACGCUGCUGCUCGCCUCGCAGAAACGGGUUUCUUUGAUGGCCAUCCGGAAUUGAGCAAAAUUGAGCCGGAUUCUCGAGGAAUUCCUGCUCUCGCCCAGCGACUGGCGGCGAUUCAAGCCAAGAGGGUAGCAGACAGCAUUCCACGAAUCAGGCAGUCCAUCCAGAAGACACUGAUUGCAAAGGAAGAUGAAUUGCAGAGGAUUCCCUAUGCUGCCAAUUCUGAUGCUGCUGCGCUGGCGAUAAUCUCCUCCACGAUUCAAAAAAGGCGGGACAUCAUGACAGGCCUCAUUGGUGGGAGAUACGGCCAGUUUCAGGGCGAGAAUUCCAUGCACUAUGCUGCAAGGCUGCAUGAGAAAUUUAACGAGUAUGAGACUCAGAAGCGGGGUGUUCUUCCCGAGUUUCUUGGGAAGAAAUACACAGAGAGCUGUAAAGAUGCUCUGAAAGAGGUUGCUGGAAUUUCGCUGCCGAAUAUGUUGGAUCAGGCUGUGCUGAGACAACUCGUUCAAGAGGUGAUUGACAGCAUUGAAGGUCCUUCACUGAUGCUGGUGGAUGACUGCUUCUCCUAUGCAUCAGAGGUUCAGCAAGCCGUGGUAGCGCAGUCUUGUUCGGCCUAUCCUAGCCUGAACAAUGUUGCUCAACUGCAAGCCCUGAAUUCCUUGAAGAAGGCCAAGGAUUCGACAAUCCAGAUGACGAAGAACCUUCUGUUGAAGGAAAGGAGGGUGAUUUUCACGUUGAAUCAUUACUACAUGGAUACCAUGACAAAAAUCCAUGAAAAGAUUGCAGAGUACAAGAAAGCUCGAGCAUCUGGUGAAAUCCUCAAGAUCGAUGGUUUCGGUUCCAGCACUGCUUCACUAGCUGAUUUGGUCAGCAACGAUGACCAGGCGGCAAGAGAUCUGCAGAUCAACAUGUUUUCCCAUGCUAAGGUGAUGCACAAGCGGCUGUGCGAUGUGAUUCCAAUGGAGAUUCGAAUGUCUCUGGAGGAUGCUCUUGUUGAUGAUACUGACACUGCAAUUUGGGGGGCUAUCCAGAGUGGGAAUGCUUCGAAGCUUGCAGCUCUGAAGGUGGCUGACCAGCAGCGCAGGGUCCAGCUUGAAGAGAGUGUUGAAAGGCUCAGAGCAUGUGAGGCUACACUGUUGGACAUUGCCUUUGAUUGCCCUAAGCAGAUCUCAUAAGAGUUGCGCAUGCAUUUACCAUGGGGCCAUCUUCAGGCUGGAAUUGGCUCUGUUCUGUUUGUAGCAGCUCUGGAGUUGGAAAAUGCCGCGACCAGCUGACAUCUUAUACAUAUGUUUAUAUGUAGAAGUUAUAGGCUAGAUAGGUUUGUGUUAUAGGAGGGUACAACUCCAACCCUAUAUCUCCCCUUCACUCAUUUGUUCUAGUACAUUCUGCUAAUCUAACAUGGG